AAACUCUUCCGCUGAAUCUUAUGAGGCCAAGCCCAGAUCGUUGGAAAGGGCAAUGGACAGCAGAUGGCACUGCAUGGGGCAAGCAGGGCCAGGUGAAGGGGGACUUUGGUUGUAUUAAUAAGAAAAGGGAAGCUCAGAAAGGUCUCUUUCAUUCAGUAGGUCAAUGAUGGUGUAUCCAUGGCACUAUGACAGUCCCUGUGUUCAUUGCCACUUGCAGAGUCUGUCCUCAUGAUGCCCACAACCUGAUCGUGGCAUUGGAGUCUACCAGGCAGAGAUGGACAGAGCUGGCUUAGUUGAAGCCAGGGCUUCCCAAGCCUGUCACAAAGGUUAACCUUUGUGGUCUUGUCAUUGGCAGAGCGAUUGUUCUGUGCACUUUAUGUUGUUUGGUGGCCUUAGGGCUCUAUGCACAAGAGGUCAUUAGUACUCUGCAACCCUGCUCCCAACUAUCAAAACCAGAAAUGUCUCCAAACACUUCCUUGUGUGCCUUGGGAUAGGGGUGGGAUGGGGCAAAUCAAAACUGUUCUCUAGAUGCUGCUGGCUCUCCAGCAGAGUGGAGCAGAUGAAGGCGUUGGGAAGAGAGUGGCUGAUAGAAAACACUUCCAGGCUGCUUUGCCCGGCACAGGUUCUACAAAGCUGGCUGACUGGUUGGUUGAGUCAGCAAUGGGCCAAGCAGAUGGGAAGGGUCCCUAGAAAUCGAUCAUAUCUAGACCAAAAGUAUCUCAGGGCAUCAACAAAUAUUAGUGGGCCCGCUAUUAAGUUAGGCCAUCUCCAAGCAACAAGACACCAUGGUUUCUUUCCCUGAGAGUCCUCAUCGAUGAGACAUUUCUUUCUUUCUUUCUUUCUUUCUUUCUUUCUUUCUUUCUUUCUUUCUAGAUCAUUCUGGCAUGUGCUAGAUACUCCUAGGUAUACAACUGGGAAGACUUUGCCUCCUUGGGCUCUCCCAUCCUUGCUGAGCCUCAUUUCAUAUCUUUCAUUUUUGUCUUUUAAAUUGAUGGCCUCAGCCUUGCAUUUGGUAUUCACAAGGCCAGAGCAUGUGCAGGGGGCUCCACAGCAAAUGAGGCCUGCACUUCCCUGCCCUCAAGUGGGUCAUUCUUAACCCAGGAAUGUGAGACCCCUCCCUUCGCCUUCAGUACUUACCCCUCAGCAGUCCCUUCUUAGCUGUUGGUUUAUGUUUGCUUGAUUCCACUCUGCUGUUUUGUAUAAGCUUGUUACUAACUGCAACUUUAGCCCCUAGAAGAGAGGGACUGAGUGGUUUUCAUCUCCUCAGCCUGGCAUUCAUACAUUCCACACAGAGAGUGACCAAGUGCUGAUGACCUUCUGUGGCCUCUGCCCAGUCUGGGAGACUCAACAAAACAGAUGCAGGUGGGCCCUGCCUGUAUGGAUGCCCACAUUCUAGUGUUUCUAAACUGCUGGUCCUAAUCCUGGAGGCCAUUGAGAACCACAACCUCGCUGACACGGUGCUCAAGAUCACAGACUUCGGCCUUGCCCGAGAGUGGCACAAGACGACCAAAAUGAGUGCAGCGGGGACCUACGCCUGGAUGGCUCCUGAGGUUAUCCGCCUGUCCCUCUUCUCCAAAAGCAGCGACGUCUGGAGCUUCGGGGUUCUUCUUUGGGAGCUGCUGACCGGGGAGGUCCCCUACCGAGAAAUCGACGCCUUGGCCGUGGCUUACGGUGUGGCUAUGAACAAGCUGACGCUACCCAUCCCCUCCACGUGCCCCGAGCCCUUUGCCCGCCUACUGGAGGGUGAGCCAGGGCCCUGUGGAGAGGAAUGCUGGGACCCAGACCCUCACGGGCGACCAGAUUUUGGCAGCAUCCUGAAGCAGCUGGAGGUCAUCGAGCAGUCAGCCCUGUUCCAGAUGCCACUGGAGUCCUUCCACUCCCUGCAGGAAGACUGGAAGCUGGAGAUUCAGCAUAUGUUUGAUGACCUUCGGACCAAGGAGAAGCUAGUAAUGUCCAGACUGGAGGGAUGUGAACUCAGAGCCGAUGCCCACAAGACCCACCUGUCCUGGGACCCUGGGCCAGCCCCAGCAGCUAAGCCCUACCUCUGGGCCUGCCUGCCUCCCUCCCACCAGGAGUUGCGCAGCCGGGAAGAGGAGCUAUUGCGGGCUGCACAGGAGCAGCGUUUUCAGGAAGAGCAGCUACGGCGUCGGGAGCAGGAGCUGGCAGAGCGAGAGAUGGACAUCGUAGAACGUGAGCUGCACCUGCUCAUGAGCCAGCUGAGCCAGGAGAAGCCCAGGGUCCGAAAACGCAAGGGCAACUUCAAGCGCAGCCGCUUGCUCAAGCUACGGGAAGGAAGCAGCCACAUCAGCCUGCCCUCUGGAUUUGAACAUAAGAUCACCGUCCAGGCCUCCCCAACCCUGGACAAGAGGAAAGGAUCCGAUGGGGCCAGCCCUCCUGCCAGCCCCAGCAUCAUUCCCCGGUUGAGGGCCAUUCGAUUGACUCCCAUGGACUGUGGUGGCAGCAGUGGUAGUGGAACAUGGAGCCGCAGUGGGCCACCAAAGAAGGAAGAACUGGUUGGGGGCAAGAAGAAAGGCAGGACAUGGGGCCCCAGUUCCACUUUGCAGAAGGAGCGAGCUGGAGGAGAGGAGAGGCUCAAGGCCCUGGGGGAAGGAAGCAAGCAGUGGUCCUCGAGCGCCCCCAACCUGGGCAAAUCCCCUAAGCACACCCCCAUGGCCCCAGGCUUCGCCAGCCUCAACGAGAUGGAAGAAUUUGCGGAGGCAGAUGAAGGCAACAACGUGCCCCCUUCUCCCUACUCCACCCCGUCCUACCUCAAGGUGCCUCUGCCCGCCGAGCCUUCUCCUUGUGUUCAGGCGCCUUGGGAGCCGCCGGCUGUCACCCCUUCCCGGCCAGGACACGGAGCUCGUAGGCGCUGCGACCUGGCGCUGCUAAGCUGUGCCACGCUGCUGAGUGCGGUGGGCCUGGGCGCCGACGUGGCCGAGGCACGGGCCGGGGACGGUGAGGAGCAGCGGCGCUGGCUGGACAGUCUCUUCUUCCCGCGCCCCGGCCGCUUCCCUCGCGGUCUCAGCCCAACCGGGCGCCCCGGAGGUCGCCGCGAAGACACAGCCCCAGGCUUGGGUCUGGCACCCUCGGCCACCCUGGUGUCAUUAUCCUCUGUAUCGGAUUGUAACUCUACGCGCUCAUUGCUGCGCUCUGACAGUGACGAGGCUGCCCCUGCCGCCCCCUCCCCGCCGCCUUCUCCGCUCGCGCCCUCACCCAGCACCAAUCCUCUCGUGGACGUGGAGUUGGAGAGCUUCAAGAAGGACCCCCGGCAGUCACUUACGCCCACCCACGUCACUGCCGCCCACGCUGUGAGCCGUGGACACAGGCGGACGCCAUCAGAUGGGGCUUUGAGACAACGGGAGCCUCUGGAGCUCACCAACCACGGUCCUCGAGACCCCCUGGACUUCCCUCGACUGCCCGACCCCCAGGCCCUGUUCCCUACCCGACGCCGGCCCCUGGAGUUCCCUGGCCGCCCCACCACCCUCACUUUUGCCCCAAGACCCCGGCCUGCUGCCAGCCGCCCCCGUCUGGAUCCCUGGAAACUGGUCUCCUUUGGCCGGACACUCAGCAUCUCGCCUCCAAGCAGGCCAGACACUCCAGAGAGCCCUGGGCCCCCCAGCGUGCAACCCACGUUGCUGGACAUGGACAUGGAGGGCCAGAGCCAGGACAAUACAGUGCCCCUAUGUGGGGUCUAUGGCUCUCACUGAGACCUGCCCACCACCACCCGCCUGGGCAGCCAUGAAUGUAGCGCCCCAGGCCUGCCACAGCCCACCAUUUGCCAAGGUGGGGGAGGCCCUGGGCAGGAUACUCACUCUAUUUAUUGGGGAAGGGGGGAGGGGAGGACACUUAAUUUAUUCCUUUGUACCCCAGGUUGUGGAGCUCUGAGCCCAAUCUGCUGUGGGGAGAGGGUGGGUGGGCAGGGAUACUCAGGGACAGAAUAUUGUGGGGGAUCUGGCACAAGGCGCAGCAUUAAAGGUAAGCCCUGCCCCCUA